AUGUCUAAUACUUCAGAAUCAGAUGUCAAACACAUAUUGAAUUUUGUGGAAAACAACGAUGUCCAAUUUUUAUCUAGUCAUUUGGAAUUAAAAAAAUCUGCACUAGGAGGAAUUGGUGUUUUCGCUACACAGGACAUAGAAGCAGAACAUAUCUUAUUAAGAGUACCUAAAUCUAGCAUAUUUACAGCAGAAAAUAGCACUAUUGCUAAUGCAUUAGUAGAUGCAGAAAUUGAUGGCAUGUUGGCUUUGAAUAUUGCGUUUAUAUACGAAGUUUCUGUUUUUAAGGAAAAGUCACACUGGUUUGAAUAUUUGCGCACCAUUAAAUGGGUUGAUAAUGAAGGCCAAUUGUAUUUACCACCGAGCUAUUACGAAGAUGCAAAAAGAAAACAAUAUCUACGUGGUACCACAUUGGACACUAUGUAUAAUGGAUUAUCUCCACAGAGUGAAGUAGAAAAUGGGUUUUCCAUAGCGUGUGAUUUGGCUGUUAAAAUUUCAUCGGAGUAUCAUCUAGAAAUACCGAAAAUUUUUGCAACAGAAAACUUGGAUGAUAAACAAAUAUGGAGAAAUCUGUUAGAGUUUGUUAGUGUAGGAUAUUCUAUCUCUUCUCGUUGUUUUGAAAUAGAUCGGUACCACCAGUAUGGCCUAGUAAUUAUUGCCGAUUUAUUUAACCAUCAUGUCACUUCACCAGAUGUGCAUUUUGAAUCUGUGUUUGAUGUUUGCGAUAAAUGUGGUGAGGUUGGCGAAUGUGGGCAUAUAAUAGCAGAAGAAAAAUUAACUGCAAUUGAAGAAUUACAAAAAAAGCCAGAAAAAAUUGGCACUUUUGAUCACAAGCAAUUGGACAAUUUUACAAGACAGCUUGAAAAUAAUCAAGAGCUCUCUGACGAUGAAUUACUUGAAAAUCCAAACGAAACAUUUAUUGAGGAUAGAGUUAUUCAGGGGAUAAUUCCAGAUGAAUGCGUGGAUAUUAGGUUAGUGAAUAAUGUUAAGAAAGGAGAGGAAAUUUUUAAUUCAUAUGGAGAACUGUCCAAUUCUCUUCUUUUGGCAAGAUACGGGUUUGUUGUGGAGAAUAAUCCAUGUGACGUGGUAAAUAUGGCUGAUGCAGUGAUUCAAUAUAGUAGGAAAGCAUCGGCGGAUCUUAAGGCACGUAUUGAUUGGUGGAAAGAUAUGGGGCAUGAGUUUUAUUUUGUUUGGUAUGAAAGCAAAAGAUCUGAAGAGGAGGAGGAAGAUGAAGAGGAAGAUGAAGAGGAACCGGAAAAUGGCGACUCUCGCGAUGGGAAAAAUAGUCAAGAUGCUCCUUACGAUGGUGAAAACAUACAGGAUGAUGGUCAAAAAGAAGAUUUUGAUAAACCCUCAAAAUGGUUGGAUGAAAUGUUUAUUGAUAACCAAGGUAAAUUAACGCCUUUGAUGCUUGCUUUUGUCAAGCUACUAAGUUUUAAUAAAUUUGAAUGGGAAAAGUUUUAUACGGAGGAUCCAAAUGAAUUAUGGGAUAGAGUGAAAUGUUUGGAACUUAAUUCCUCUGCCUUGUUAAGCAACAAAAAAACCAGAAAGAUAUUGGAAGAUAUCGUUGCAUUCAAAGCUAAGUGGAUCAUUCCAAAAGAUGCAGAUUCUAAUAUAAAGAUUCUUUUGUCCAGUGAAAAUUUUAUUUUGGACCAAGUUCGUUCCAAGUGA